UGCCUCAUGAGGACAAACCAACCACAACAACUAUGAAAGGUGAAGUAACUCUUGCCCUGACGGUGUUUUGCACUGCAAUCGGUGGUACUUUGCAGUAUGGCUAUAACCUUGCCAUCAUUAACGCUCCUACAGCGCACAUUCAGAGAUUCAUCAAUGACACUUGCUGGGAGCGCUGGUCUAUUUCAUUGGAGCAAAACCAGGUGACUCUGAUAUGGUCUUUCGUCGUUUCUACCUUUUCCAUAGGUGGCCUAGUCGGAGCUUUACUUGCGGGCCCAAUGGCGGUCCGUUUUGGGCGUAAAGGCGCCCUCUUGCUAAACAAUCUCUUUCUGUUCACAAGUGCCCUGUUUGCCGUCACCAGUCGCGCCGCUCGUUCCUUCGAAAUGAUCAUACUCGCUCGCCUCCUGGUGGGCGUCAACGCCGGCGUGAGCAUGAACGUGCAGCCCAUGUUCUUCGGGGAGAGCGCGCCAAAGCACCUGCGCGGCGCCGUCACCUUCUCCUCCGCCGUGUUCACUGCCUUCGGCAUCAUGCUGGGCCAGAUAGUCGGUCUGACCGAGGUGCUUGGAUCCGACGCGCUCUGGCCAUACCUGCUCGCCAGCAACGCCCUCCCCGGCCUCUUCCAACUCCUCACAUUGCCAUGGUUCCCUGAGAGUCCGCGGUUCCUGCUCAUCGACAAAGGGGAUAAAGAAGCAUGCACCAUGGCAUUGCAGAGGCUUCGGGGCUGCUCCGUCUCCGAGGAGGAGAUGGAGGAGAUGCUCCAGGAGCAAGAGCAGGCGGCGGGGGCCCAGGCGAGGUCCCUCUGGGGCCUCCUGUCCGACCGCACCCAGUGGCGCCAGGUCCGGCUGGUGGCGGCCGCCAGCAGUGCCAUGAUGUUGUGCGGCAACGACUCCAUCUACUUCUACGCAGGCGCCAUCUUCCAGCAGGCCGGCAUCCCCUCAGACAAGAUCCAGUACGCCACCAUCGGCACUGGGGCCUGCGAGCUCACCGCCGCUGUCGUCUGCAACCUGCUCAUUGAGCGUGCAGGCCGCAGACCACUUCUCAUGGGCGGAUAUGCACUCAUGUCCUGCUGGGCUGUGGUUUUUACCAUCGCCCUCUGCCUGCAGGGCAAGGUAGAGGGCAUGCCCUACCUGAGCAUGGUGUGUAUAUUCGCGUACAUCCUGAGUUUCGGCAUGGGCCCCGCUGGGGUGACGGGGGUGCUGCCCACGGAGCUGUUCGACCAGAUGUCUCGCCCGGCUGCGUACAUGGUGGCUGGCUCGAUGAUGUGGCUGAACCUCUUCCUGGUGGGGAUGACGUUCCCGUUCCAGGUGGGCGGGCUCGGGCAGUUCUGCUUCGUGCCCUUUUGCGGCGUGUGCGUGGCAGCCGGAACGUUCAUGUUUUGGAACCUGCCGGAAACCAAAGGGAGGUCGCUGGCGGAGCUCACGGCAGAUUUCGAGAAGCGGGGGAAGGGGGAGGGAGGAGAGAAGGCGGGGUCUGAGGUCCGAUUUGAGCAAGGGCAGUUGAGUCUGGCAGAGGACAAGGAAGUCCUUCUGGAAAGUAACGACAAGCCUCUGUCAAAGAUCACGGAUGACCAUGAGAAGCAGCAGGAGACAGGGUGCGAGGGGUCAAAGGUAAAAGUUGAACAUGGGCAGCCAGAUUUGGAGGACGAGGCCUUUUUUCCAACCAGUGGAAGAGCUUUGGCUGAUGUCACGGACAGGUUCGAGAAGCAGGGCGAGGAGGAAGGACUAGACAAGGAGUCGGAGGUCAAAAGUGAAAAACUUCAAGGGCAGUCAAAUCCACAUGAGGAGGAAGAGGUCCCCCAUAGAUGUGAACACUAG